UCCCUAGAGAACGCGUCCCCAGGUAGCGGAUAGGGGAACGCUCGCUGGAUGCUACAUCCAGAGGGUAGGAGGGAAAUAAAAUACCUCCCGCGGACUAACAAGGCCGCAGAUGGAACCUGCGUUAUAAAACCUCUGCGGCGUGCUCCUUCGCCAUAUGCGGAGUACGAGGGCGGUGCAGUGCUGGGAGUUGGGCAAUGGUGUGCAACUUUAGCCUUGACAAAUCUAGCACGACACACACAGAGCUGAAGCUUGAUGGAGAAAUCCUACCGAGAGUAAACAAGUUCAAAUACCUAGGUUCUGUUAUCGCACGGACGGCACGAUCACCGCUGACAUAACCCAUAGAACGACGUCUGGGUGGAGUAAAUGGCGAGAACUGACAGGAGUCCUAUGUGAUCCUAAAAUGCCUGUAAGAACCAAAGGCAAAGUCUAUAAAACCGCCGUGAGACCAGUUCUACUCUAUGGCAGCGAAACGUGGGCCUCAAAGCAAACGCAAGAGCAUAAACUACACACGACGGAAAUGCGUAUGCUCCGUUGGGCAGGUGGAGUUACCCUCAAAGAUAAAGUCCGAAAUGAACAUAUACGGGGCAGUUUCAAGGUGGCACCCAUAACCGAGAAGCUCAAAGAAUCCAGACUAAGAUGGUUUGGACAUGUAAUGCGUAGACCCGAAGAUCACGCUGUAAAGAAGUGCCUUUCCAUGGCUACGUUAAAGAGAGGGAAAGGCAGGCCCCCAACAACCUGGAUGUCAAAUGUCCAGAGAGACAUGAAAGAGUUGGGCCUGUCAACUGACGACGCGUAUCAGCGGAAGAAAUGGCGCCUUAAGAUUAGGAAAGCCGACCCCGCGUAACGGGAAGAGGCGAGGACAAAGAAGAGGUGGAGCAAAAUGUG